GAAAACUGGCGUGGGACGAUGUUCAGACCGGUACCGGAGAGUCGAGUUGUCAGGAAGGAAACGGGUGGCCAGGGUCACAUACUUGACAUUAAAGGCGUUAAAAAAAGAAAAACAGAUUGAAGCAGGAAGCCGUGGCCUCCGUCACAAACUUUUAUCAAAGGGUGUGAACCAGGCAGCCAGGCAGUCAGUCAGCCGCCGAGCAGCAUGGAGAUAACGACGCUCUGCACCGUCAUCGCCGCUCUCAGAGUCGUUCCCAACAGAUCCCAGUUCUUCCAGUACGAGUCCGUCUCUCUGAUCUGUGAGCCGCAGGGAAACUCAUCUGAGUGGACGAUUAAGAGGAACACAACAAAAAGUGUUAACGGGGACUGUCGAUCUCACCAGCAUGGAAUAAAUAAAUCUUACUGCUACUUUGAUGACAUCUACCCAUCAGACUCUGGAGUGUACUGGUGUGAGUCUGCAGCAGGAGAGUGCAGCAACAGUGUCAGCAUCACUGUGACUGGUGGUGAUGUGAUCCUGGAGGGUCCUGUUCUUCCUGUGAUGGAGGGAGAUGACGUCACUCUGAGCUGCAGAUCGAAGAAAACUGUUUCCUGUAAUCUCACUGCUGAUUUCUAUAAAGAUGGACUUCUGAUCGGGAGCAGCUCGACAGGAAACAUGACGAUCCACAGCGUCUCCAGAUCUGAUGAAGGACUCUACAGGUGUAACAUCUCUGGAGCUGGAGCAUCGAUAGAGAGCCGGCUGACUGUCAGAGAGCGUCCUGAUCCGCCUGACUUCCCCCUCGCAUACAUUCUGCUUCCUGUGGUGGUCAUAUGCCUCUCGCUGGUCUCCGUGGUGCUGCUCUGCCUCUGGAGAAGCCACAAAGGUAAAGCUGACCCGGAUGUGCCGUACACUGAUGUCAUCGUCACACAGGAAGUGCAGCCACGAAGGUUUGGAGAUUUGGAGGCUGCAUCCACCUUCUACUCGACACUGAAGCUGGACUCCACCUGACAGAAAACAGCAGAAAUGUUCCAUGUGUUUUUUGAAGGAAACAGAAGAGACUGUUAACUGUUGACCAAGAGUCACCCAGCUGAAAGAUGUUGGACGGACGUUAGAAUUUAGUUUGAAAGUAAAACUGAGCUCAUGUCAAACCCUGAUGUCGUUUGCCGUCAACACCAAACGCUGGAGGGACGUUGAAUCUUGGUCACUUGACACCCAAAUAUCAACGACAUUAUGAGGUUUAGCAGACGUAUCAAAAAGACGUCAGCUCAAGACGUCUUGGAGAAUUUUGGUUCGCUCAACAUCUCGACUUAAAACCAACCGAAUAUCUACAUCAGCUGUUGUCAGUAUACUGACUGAAGUCUUGACAAGCUCCAGUCAGACAUCACCACAGAUCACGCUGGUGGUCAGCUGGUUAUUUAUAUAAGCAUCAUGUUACAACUUAUAUCACUGUAACGCGAUGCUCAAUGUUGCUUACAUCGGUGUCAGACUCAUUAAAUGAUGACGAGCUAAGAGGCGAUGUCGACGAGAGUGUUUCUGUUGAGAAGAUAAUCUGUAUGACCAGGAUCCUCUCUGUCGACAGAUCUGUGUUCGUACAUAAACUAAUUCAACACUCAACCGCGACAUCGACCUCAGUUUUGUCUGUAUCAAGGUGAAGACGCUCUGUGAAACCAGACAGAGGAACCUCCCACCUGUCUGCACCGUGCUCAGGGGUUUCACAACCAGGCCGACACUGUUCUGGUUUCUGUAUCCAUAUUUGAAACACUCGUUUAGAAACAAUCAGCCAGUUAUCUCAGGUGCGUCACUAUAAAACUGCAUAAAACUCUGCAACAUGAACACAGUCCUGGAUUAGAUCAGGACGUAUUUGGUUCGUGAAGCUAAAGUCAAGCAUGGUGUGAAUUCUUUGUGGCUGUUGCACUUUGAUCCAUUUAGACAGAGUGGAGGGUGCAGCUUUAUCUCAGGAUUGAUCUCUGAUGAGUCACUUAAAAGUCAGUCUCUCAUGAAUGAGUAUUGAUUAUCAUUGAUUGACAUCAGCGUCACAUUGGAAAGUAUUUGUGUGUGUAAUGUGUCCCAUUAAGAGACAGCAAACAGGUAUUUCUUCAUUCCUUGCUGUUGGAAGUCGGACAUAGUGAACUCCUCCCUACCUAAACACUGAGUCACACCUAUGACCUAAAUAUUAUCUAAAAUAUGUUUCCGGCACAGUGGCACCUCAGUAACUCGGUUAAUUCACCCAUGACAUCAUCCCAGAUAAAGGAGGCUCAUAAAUGCCUCGAGUAAGCGUCAGCAAAUCAACCAGCAGAGUGAAUAAUAAAGACGUGUUCCCCUCAGUGGUAUCCAGUUGAUCUGGAACAUUUGGGACAUUUUUUAUCUGUAUUUGUGGUGACAAAGUCAGGACACAUUUAGCUGUGUUGGGGCGACAAAACUAAGUAUUUUGGAGAGACAUUGGGACAUUUUUAUGGUCAUAUUUGUGCUGGAUGUCGGGACACGUCUGUGUUUUUGACGACUAUUUCAGGACGUUUUUAGCAAGACGUCAAAACUUCUCCAGCUGUGACUGUGGUGACCAAACCAAAUGUUUUUGAGAAGACGUAUGUGAUAUAUGAAAUAAAAUCACCCUGCCUUGUCUCCUCCCUGCUCUGUUAUGACUCAACAAUGGUU